AUGGCAUCAUCCCACACAUCAGCACGGAUCCAGAGAUGGCAUCAGCCCACACAUCAGCACGAGAUCUGGAGAUGGCAUCAUCCCACACAUCAGCACGGGAUCUGGAGAUGGCAUCAUCCCACACAUCAGCACGGGAUCCAGAGAUGGCAUCAUCCCACACAUCAGCACGGGAUCCAGAGAUGGCAUCAGCCCACACAUCAGCACCAGAUCCAGAGAUGGCAUCAGCCCACACAUCAGCACCAUAUCCGGAGAUGGCAUCAUCCCACACAUCAGCACCAGAUCUGGAAAUGGCAUCAUCCCACACAUCAGCACCAGAUCCGGGGAUGGCAUCAGCCCACACAUCAGCACCAGAUCCGGAGAUGGCAUCAUCCCACACAUCAGCAAGGGAUCCGGAGAUGGCAUCAUCCCACACAUCAGCACCAGAUCCGGGAUGGCAUCAUCCCACACAUCAGCACGGGAUCCGGAGAUGGCAUCAUCCCACACAUCAGCAAGGGAUCCGGAGAUGGCAUCAUCCCACACAUCAGCACCAGAUCUGGAAAUGGCAUCAUCCCACACAUCAGCACCAGAUCCGGGGAUGGCAUCAUCCCACACAUCAGCACCAGAUCCGGAGAUGGCAUCAUCCCACACAUCAGCACGGGAUCCGAGAUGGCAUCAUCCACACAUCAGCAAGGGAUCCGAGAUGGCAUCAUCCCCACAUCAGCACCAGAUCUGGAAAUGGCAUCAUCCACACAUCAGCACCAGAUCCGGGAUGGCAUCAGCCCACACAUCAGCACCAGAUCCGGAGAUGGCAUCAUCCCACACAUCAGCAAGGGAUCCGGAGAUGGCAUCAUCCCACACAUCAGCACCAGAUCCAGAGAUGGCAUCAUCCUACACAUCAGCACCAGAUCCGGAGAUGGCAUCAGCCCACACAUCAGCAAGGGAUCCGGAGAUGGCAUCAUCCCACACAUCAGCACCAGAUCCGGAGAUGGCAUCAUCCCACACAUCAGCACGGGAUCCGGAGAUGGCAUCAUCCCACACAUCAGCACGGGAUCCGGAGAUGGCAUCAUCCCACACAUCAGCACCAGAUCCGGAGAUGGCAUCAUCCCACACAUCAGCACGGAUCCGGAGAUGGCAUCAUCCCACACAUCAGCACCAGAUCCGGGGAUGGCGUCAGCCCACACAUCAGCACCAGAUCCGGAGAUGGCAUCAUCCCACACAUCAGCAAGGGAUCCGGAGAUGGCAUCAUCCCACACAUCAGCACCAGAUCCGGAGAUGGCAUCAUCCUACACAUCAGCACCAGAUCCGGAGAUGGCAUCAGCCCACACAUCAGCAAGGGAUCCGGAGAUGGCAUCAUCCCACACAUCAGCACCAGAUCUGGAGAUGGCAUCAUCCCACACAUCAGCACCAGAUCCGGAGAUGGCAUCAUCCCACACAUCAGCACCAGAUCCGGAGACGGCAUCAUCCCACACAUCAGCACCAUAUCCGGAGAUGGCAUCAUCCCACACAUCAGCACCAGAUCCGGAGAUGGCAGGACAGGAAUGUUGUGUUGCUGAAGAAAGUCCAUGCUGUGUCCAGUAGCAUUGGGUCGUGCAUUAUCCUGGUGCAGAAAGUGAUGACAGUAAUCAGCCGCCAUGUGGAGUGAUGACUGUUGCUCUCAGUUCCUCUGCUGUAGACGUUUGAGCUGUAACUCGACCACGACGGAUGUGCAAUGUCUCCUGCCAUGACUACAAAUCCCUCCCCAAAUCUUAAUGCUGCCAUCAUCCCAUCUCAAGUCAAGUGAUUUUCAGCAAAUGGUGGGUCACAUGAUCACACAGGGAUACACAUGCUUCUCGGUGUACAUCUCGUUUUUCUGUCAUAGUCAGAUUACUACAAGCACAGUUUGGAUUCAAUAUUCGUUUUGCAUAUUCCAUGAUCAACGAUAAUAAGGUGAUGCGUUUCUAAUGGAUUUGAGUAUAUAAAAUGACAAUUUCUUCAGUUAUUUAUGUGUAAUUAUUUUAACAUGUUGAAAUAACUUUUAUAUAAAAUAAUGUUUAUUACAUAUAUGUGUAAUAUGUAUGAAAACCUAUGCACUGGCAAAGACUAACCGACAUGGAGCAUGUAUGAGCUAAUUAUCCUUGUGCAGAAUGUGAAGACAUUGAUCUGCCCCCAAGUCUCAGUACCUCUGCUGUACACAUUUGAGCUGUAACUCGACCACCAGGACAGAUGUUUAGAGGUGUCCUGCCAUGACUUCUAAUCCCUCCCCAAAUCUUAAUGCUGCCACCAUCCCAUCAGUUCACCUGCUGAACGCAACAAUCAACAAUUGCACAUUCCAUGAUUAAUGGCAAUAGGAUGUUGAAUUACAGAAUAUCAAAUGACGAUGUGAUACAAUUUUGUUGAAUUUCUUCAGUUAUUACAUGUGUUAUUAUUUUUAACUUGUUGAAAAUAUUUUUAUAUAAAAUGAUGGUUUUUGCCAUAUAUUUGUGAUAUGUAUGAAACCUUGCACUGAGCAUGUAUGAGCUCUCUGUGGUAUGUUUUUUAGACUUAUUUUGUAAUCAUUAACAUUUUACUUUUUUACACCUUUACUCAUUAUGACGUACAUUUGUCUAUAAAAAUCAUUUUUAUCCUCUGCUUAUACAAAGAAAGACUUUGUCCUUUGUUCUAGUUCACUUAAUUAAAGAGCAUUGCACAU